ACUACAGCUGAUGGGACGGACAUAUUGUAGCCUGUGUCAUUAUCGCCAGUGCUGCUCCUUAUCGUUUAUUUGAGCAAGGAGGAAAUGAGGCGUAGCGUUGCGCUUUAAGGGUGCAAGGGAGAGGAGAGAAAGCCCGGAUUCAAACAGGUGUCCGGUCGACUCCCAUCAGGAGGCGGAGAGAGAAAAGGUGACAAAAAGCGCCGGAGGGAUUUUAGGAAUAAUUGUCUAGAAAAUAGUGCUGCUAAUAGGCAAAUCAAUCCGCUGAUUUGAGGACGUGUCGUUUCUUUUUUUUUUAAACCAUGCGCUCCUUCGGUCCAACGGUGAUGGAGACCCGACAUAGAACCCAGAGGAAACCUGGAUUUUAAUAUCGGAAUUAUCUUGUGAAAAUAAAGAUAGCUAAGCGUGCAUCUGCUUUGCUCUCAAGAGGAGGAAGAGGAGGUGGUUGAAGAGGGGAGGCGGUGACUGACAUCCCCCACGGGACAGGCCGAGCGACCCACGCUUCUAACAGGUGUGUCUGAAGAGGACUCCCAUCUGCACCGCCCGUCCUGCCACUCCGUGCCCCCUCACUGCCUGCCUCCCGGUCCCUUCUCGUGUCACAUUGUUCACGGAGAAAUUGCAUCCGAACAGGGGCCGGUUUUGGACUUUAAUUCGACCCUUUUUAGCAUCCCAAGUGAGCGCUUAUUCUUUUCUUGUUUCCGUCUCAUCGCAGCUUUCCGUUGGUGCGUAACGAAAGAGCAGGAUAUCCAAACGGCUAAUUUUGAGACGUUAAUUUAAAAAACCGGAUGGGACUUUGCAGCGUGGUUCGUGUUUUUUGAGGAAAAGAGACAAUUUACUGGGUUUAACUAGUCAUUCCAGAGCUAAAGCUUAGAUUUGAAGAUUUUGUUUGAUUUUUUCACCAUAAUUGGAAGGUUUGGGCUGAUUUCGCCCCCUGGUGAAAAGGCAACGUUGGUACUGAGGUCUCGGCGACAUACGCUAGCCAAACCGAACAUUGAGACAUUUUGACCGGUAACAAAGUGGGUAUUUUAACGGACUGUCUUCUUAAAAGAAAGUGUACCUCGUUUUAUCAUGACAACGAGGAAAGCCAGCAUCGUGGCGGACACGGUGACUACCUCCACCACCACCAGCAGCAGCAGCAGCACCACCACCACCAACCACCAGAACCAGCCGAGGAGCCGGAGUCCCAGCAGCGGGAUUCCGGCGUCCGAGGCUGCGGGCGGAGGGGCGGAGAUGUUCGGUGCAUUUCAGGACUGGUGCCUGCGGACGUACGGGGACUCCGGCAAGACCAAGACCGUGACCCGGCGUAAAUACAACAAAAUCCUCCAGACUCUGGUCCAGGGGGACGAGGAGAACCGAAACGGGGUGUUCAUGCACGAGAAAGGCAACAAUCACAUCAACGCCAAAUUUAAAUUCUGGGUCAAGUCCAAGGGCUUCCAGGUCGGGACGCUGAGGGACGAGAAGAACGGGUCAUCAGACAGACCGGUGCUGUACGUCCCCAUCAAGGCGACGUGUGUGGACGGAGUUUCCGGGGUCGACUCGUCCCUGAAGCGCGUGGCGGUGGUGGAGGAUUUCUUCGACAUCAUCUAUGCCAUGCACGUGGAGAUGAGCACGGACCCCGGCAAAGCCCCGAAACACGCCGGCCAGAAGAAGACCUACAAAGCUAUAGCCGAGACGUACGCUUUCCUGCCCAGAGAGGCGGUGACUCACUUCCUGAUGAGCUGUGGAGAGUGUCAGAAGAGGAUGCACAUCAGCACCACAGGACAGGACUACAAAGAGAACGACAGGCCGAGCUCUCUGGUGUUGGAGGUGAUAGACUACAACAUGCCUCUCACCACCACCUACAUGAAACACAUGAAGCUGCAGUGCAUGAGCAACAGCAAGGAUGACAGUUCACUGAGCAGCGAGGAGGAGGCAGAGAUGAGCGAGCCCACAUGGGUAGCAGCUGAUCUGGGAGCAGCGUCUGACCUGAGCCCGGCGAGCCGAGGGGAGAAGAUGCGCCACAGUCCACAGAACACACACAGCAAGGAGGACGACGAGGAUUCCUCGUCGGAGAGCGGCAGUGGGAACGGGCUGCCCGCUCUGACCCCCCCCUCCUCCGCUGCAACGGACGGUGCUAUAGUCAGGGAAACCGAGGUCAAUGGUAACGGUGGCCCCGCCCCGCUGGACUUCAGCACGCCUACGUCCUCCUCCUCAUCGUCUGAGGACCAGCAGCCCAUGAACCUGAGCGACCCCCCCCCUCAGCGCCUGUCUGCCUCACACCUGCCCGUCACCGUGUCGGCAGCGGCCGCGGCGCUGCUCGGAGCUCUGCACCCUGAGGAACUCCGCAGGAAGUACCCCAUGGCUGCCAAACCUUCGCUGGCUCCACACCCUGCCCUGCCUCUGCCGCACACACACACACCUCACACACACAAUGCGCACACUCCCAACACACACUCCCAGUCCCACUCACACCCUGCUGAGCUGCGACUGGAACGAGACGGCAGGGAUUACGGUGGCAAGUCCCCUCAGUACAGUUCUGGUGGCAGCUACGACAGUGUGAAGAUGGAUUUGGGAGCCGAGGAUCUGACCACAGGACGCCAGGUCGGCCCCGACGAUGACGACGACGACCAUGACGACCACGACGACAACGACAAGAUCAACGAGGCGGAGGGAGUCGAUCCCGAGAGACUAAAGGCCUUCAAUAUGUUUGUGCGUCUGUUUGUGGACGAGAACUUGGAUCGAAUGGUUCCCAUCUCCAAACAGCCCAAAGAGAAGAUCCAGGCCAUCAUCGAGUCCUGCAGCAGACAAUUCCCAGAGUUCCAGGAACGCGCCCGCAAGCGUAUCCGCACCUACCUCAAAUCCUGCCGACGCAUGAAGAAGAGCGGCAUGGAGACUCGUCCUACUCCGCCUCACCUCACCUCAGCCAUGGCUGAGAACAUCCUGGCUGCCGCCUGCGAAAGCGAAUCACGCAACGCCGCAAAGAGGAUGCGCCUCGACACCUAUAACGAUGAGCUGAUCUCUCUGGACAAGCCGUCCAGUGGAGGGGGGAGUCUGCGGGAGCCGGCGUCCCUCGCUCAUUCGGCCUACUCCCUGGCCGCCUCAGCCUUCUCCUCCCAGGACUCCCAGCUCUACAUCAACGGGGCUGGCCUCAGCUACGGUUACCGUGGAUACCCGGGCCUGGGCGCUGCCAUGCAACACCCCGUUUCCCUGACGACUGGGGCUGCCGCUCAGAGCAACGGUCCCACAGACCUCAGCAUGAAGUCUCUGUCCUCCGCCAACAUCAGCAACUCCUCCUCUGCCUCCACCAACAACAGCCUGGGUGGGCGGGGAAGCGGGGGUGCAGGAGGGGGCGGGGCAUCGACCCAGCUCAGCCAACCAGAGAUCACCGCCGUGCGUCAGCUGAUCGCCGGCUACCGGGAGUCGGCCGCCUUCCUGCUCCGCUCGGCAGACGAGCUGGAGAACCUCAUCCUGCAGCAGAACUGAUUUGGGGGAAACGUGGGAGAACACACACAUAAACACACACACACACACGCACACACACAACUCCCUUCAUGUUUGUGUAUGUCUGCGUCCCCCGCCUCUCCUAAUCAACCAGACCUCCUCCUGUUCUUACUCUUCCCUCCUUAAAUCUGCCUUCUCUUCGGACACUGUGGCCACUUUGCAUUUUUUGGAGGAAAAAGUGGGAAACGGGGACGGAGGGAGGGAGGGAGAAAAAUCCCAUCAAACAAGCCCCAAAACAAUCCCCCACAUGCUCUGUCCAUCUUUUCUGCCUGAGGAGGGAAAACAUGAAGAAAAAAGGAGCAUUCGGACUCUGAAGGAAUCUCUUCCUCUCCUCUCAGGAAGCACCUCAUAAUCAGCACUACACUCUGAGAGAAGGAGUGUGGGGGAGAGGAAGAGAGGAGGAGGAAGAGGAGGAGGAGAAAAUGAAGAGGAGUAAAGGACUGUUGAUUCUGCUGCUGUGGUUUCAGAUAAAAGACUCCACCUCCUCAUGGGUGGAGAAGUGAAGUUUUGGAGACGAGGCCAACGCCGUCUAAUGAUGAUAACAAUUUAAAAUAAAUAACGACUCCCUGAGUUAUUACUACUGAAGACCAGUGUUUUUGAUUUAAUGGAAGACUUCUUUUGUUUUUUUGGGAGUCCAGUGAGCAUUUAUUUUUUUACCUUUCCCAAGUGACUGAAAGAAAGGAGCGGUUCCAACUAUCUUGACAGAUAGAAUUGACUUUGAGUCCGGAGGAGUUAAAAGACGGAAACAGGAAAAGAAAAAAGGAAAUGUUUGUUUGAAAAAAAAAAAGAGGAGGAGAGAAACUUUUUUUGUGCUCGCUUGUAAAUAAGCUCUCUGUGUCCUAUAGCACUUUUCCCUCACCUGAAACCUCACCUCCUCCUCACCCCUUUUACCCAGGGAGCAACUUGCUACUUAUGCAUCCAAGACGCCAUGUUGACCACCAGGAAAUACCUCAGAUCAGACCUGCCAAUUACUUUUUCUGUUCCUCUCUCUCACACACACACACACACACACACACACACACACACACACACACACACACACACACACACACACACACACACACACACACACACACACACACACACACACACACACACACACACACACACACACACUCUGCAAGUGAAUGGUAACAUUCCCACCAGAAGCCAGUUAACUUCUUCUCUACCACCUGAUGUCUUCAAGGUUUAUAUAUUUUGGGGGGAGAAUCAAACUUUAUUGCGCAAAAAGACCUGUAAUGUGGAAACGAUGAAGCAUUUCAAGAACUGAUGUUGUUUAAAGACUUACAUCUUAAAACUUUUUCUCUUUCAUCUGUGCGGGUUUACUUCGUGUGCUGCUGUAUAUAAUCAGUUCAUCUUGAAAACUGGAGAGAAAUCAGAUGGGACAGGAGUGUGACUCUCUCCCUAAAGGGGAGAGAGAGGAGGGUGUGUGUGGAAGGGAGGGGUUGAAUAUUGAUCACUACUGGCAAAUUUUACCUCCCACUUCUACUUUUUACAAAUGUAGACAUAACGCCAACGAAACCUUAGCAUCGUUCUGUUUAACACCCCUCCCUCCCUCUCCCUCUCUUCUUCUUCUCUCCAUUGGACCUACUCUUCUUCAAGGACCUAAACGUCCCCCUCUUCCUCCCCCCUCCGUGCUGGUUUUGUCCAGGUUUAAGAGGAAGAGGAGGAGUCUUACUGUGUUUGUCUGUUAAACUCUGAGAUGGCCAUUAUUAUUGUUGUUGUUAUUAUUAUUAUUAUUAUUAUGAUUAAAUGAUGAACUCUCA